AUGGGAGUACAUGGGCUAUGGCGCCUCCUUGACACUUUUGGGGAAGUGACGCGACCGGAUGAUUGGCGUGGCAAGCGGGUUGCAAUUGACGCGAGUAUUUGGAUGAGUCAAUUUCGAGCACAAUGCGCAGCCGGUGAAAAUGUUGAGCAGCGUAUUCUUGAGGGAUUUUUCUUGCGCAUCCUUAAACUCCUCUUUUACGGUAUUGAACCUGUCUUUGUAUUUGACGGUUCCGCCGCACCUUUGAAGUCAAUGGAGAGGCGACGGCGAGCAGAGCGUCGUGCGGCGCUGGAACGCGCGGCUCUCACGCGUCGUGCUAAACAGAUUGUCAAGGCUCAGUUAGCUUCAGGCGUUUUGGAUGUGCAGGCGUUGGAUCGGCAGAGUCCAGUGAAGAAAAGCGGGGAUCACUUAAGCUCAAGUAAGAGGAGGGACGCUCCAAUGGUGCGAUAUUUAUCCUCAAGGAGAUUACCUGUCACCGCGACAGAAGGUUGUGGUGCUCUUCCGCGAAGGUUGAUGCAUAAGAGACCGCGUGAAGUUGUGCUCGAACCUGAUGUUGUUUCUAGAACUCUGACGAAAAAUUUCUUAAACGAAGCGGAAGAGUGGAUGGAGGAAAAGAGGCGCGGUGAAAUGUGCAUUGAGGCCAACACGCUUUUGUACUCUAGCACCUCCCUCUUUAUGGGACCUCGACGGGUGCUGGAAGGAAAAAUAGAUGAAUUCAUGGUGCCCGAUGCACAGCUUGAGAAUGAUAAAAAACCCUCACAACACAUGAGCCUUUCUUUCCCAACGAGGAGACCACCCUCGGUGGUGAUCUCUGACGAUGAAACAACUGGUAAUAAUGACUGGGAAACAGUAUCUACUGGCACGGGUGACGGGGAUUCUGUUGUAGUUGUAGAAGGCGAUAAAGGCACGUUUGUGUCUCGCCUUCACGAGAUGGAGGAAGUAAUGAGUCAGUCUCUGCAUGAAGAUUCUUGCGACACGUGGUCGGAAAAGACGAUGAUGGGUAGCGAUGACGGUAUCCUCUCUUCUUGCGGCAAGGGAGGUUGCAUUCGCGCUAGAAGCACAAGUAGCAGUGCUCCAGAUGACUCAGCCCUGCUGUGGAAUCCUGGCACCCAACUCAAUUGCCAAAAGGGCUCCGAAACCACGAAUAUACAACGUGAGGUAUCUGAAGAAGGGAGUGGGCAGUUUACACCCGUUUCUCUUCACCCUGUUGAGUGGCAAACUAGUGAGGAGACUUCUACCCUAGUAACAAAGGAGCUUGAAGGUGCACUGGGUGCCACAACGUCAGUGGUGGCGUCAUCGUUUUCCUACCCGUCCCACGUGCCGGCGUCGAAUCCAAAGCCAUCCACAGCAUCAUCAAUGGCAGCAGCAGGGUCGACGGUAAUAAAGUCGAAUACGAACGUAAAACAAGUUAUACCGUUUGAGUUGUUGGAAAUUGUGGAGUUACUGGAGUGCUGUGGGAUUCCAUUUGUAAUUAGUCCUCAUGAGGCAGAUGCACAGUGUGCCUUCUUGAGUCAACAUCGGCUUGUGGAUGCGGUGUUCUCAGAGGAUAGUGAUGUCAUUGUUCAUGGCGCAGCUGUUGUGCUGCGGGGAUUUUUCGCGAAGGACCGUUAUGUGGUGGCUUAUCGCCAGUGCGAUUUGGCGACGUGUGGCGUGGACAAGGACGUCUUGGUCGCGCUCGCACUUUUGCUUGGAUGCGACUACGCGGAGGGUGUAGACGGAGUCUCUUUGUUGGAGGCGCUACAAAUAAUUACUGCCUUUUGGCGCCAAGAAAGUGAUCAAGGCCCCUUGCAUGUGUUGGAAAUGUUGACGCAGUGGAGGAAUGCCGUGGUGCAGCGUUGUUUUGUGUGGGAUGACGAAAGCACUCUCUUGCAAUACUACUUAAACUGGAGGAAGUGGGCCUCGUUGCGGGUGACUAUGGAAUUCCCGAAGGCCGACGUUGUAGAUGCCUUUUUCAACGCCACAGUGGAGACGGAUCUAAGGUCAUUUGCAGCGGCAUCUCCAGAUUGGAAGCGUCUGCGAACCUUUGCCGGCAUGCACGGUUUACUUGGCAGUAUCACUUGCCAGCAAAGACUGGAGUUGGCUCAAAAAGAAUUCACGGCAAGAGAAUUGCAGCGUCAAGAUGUACACCAAAGACAGCAGUUGCGUCUUACUGAUUUUGCAAUGUCGUCACAGAUAAAGAAGGUGAUUUACAGGAAACAGCCACCCCGGUUUGCAGCAGCGCUCUCUGCCUUGCGGGUUGUCAGGCGAGGCGGGGUUAUUUUGGACGGCUGA